CAGGAGGAGCAGCCUCGCGGGGGCGUGUUCUCCGAGGACGGGAAGGAGCAGCUGAUGUUCGAGGUUCCCCUCAACGACACGGGCUCGGCUGGGCUGGGCAUAAGCCUGAAGGGCAACAAGUCCAGGGAGACGGGCGAGGACCUGGGCAUCUUCAUCAAGUCCAUCAUCCACGGAGGGGCCGCCUACAAGGACGGGCGUCUGCGUGUCAACGACCAGCUGAUCGCGGUGAACGGGGAGUCCUUGUUGGGCCGGUCCAACCACGAGGCCAUGGAGACCCUGAGGAGGUCCAUGUCCCACGAGGGCAACGCCAGGGGCAUGAUCCAGCUGGUGCUGCUGCGGUCCCUGCCACAGGAAUACCAUGUGUCACCCAAUCGGUCGUUUGACUGGCUCUUUCGUCCACCAAGGAUUGGUCAGCCCAGUCAAUAGUUCCGCCCAAACUCCCCAUGGUGACCAAUAGCUUCUACGAGAGAUCUACUUUGUCCAAUGGAAGCUACGGCCACAUGGGGGAAGAGGAGGAGGAGGAGGAGCUUCCCCCGGGGCCUGGUCCUGACCACAGCCCCCCCAGACCAGACCAGCACCAGCAGGCCCAGCCUCAGUACCACCACGUCAAGUCCUCCAAGAGCAUGGAUCUGGUGGCAGAUGAAAGCAAUGUGGCAUAUCUGGCAGAGCACAAGUCAG